AUGCCAGUUCCUGCCUCCCACUGUAUUCCAUGGCUUUUUGUGCACAUCACUGAAUGUCUGGCCAUAGCCAUCUUUAAUAUAAUCACCAUUAUUGUAUUUGUGAAACAGCGCAAGCAGCUACAGCGCCGAAGUACAUACUUGAUCAUCCAUCUAGCGGUAGUCGAUCUCUUGGCCGGGGCAGUCUCAGGGCCUCUUCAGAUUGAAUUGAGAAUGGCAGAGUUUUGUCAAUUGUGGAAUUUUAAUUUUGAUAUUUCUUUACUUCGCUUAAAAGCCGCGUUAGGAUUUUUUCCCGUUGCAUCGCUCAUCAAUCUCGCUGUUAUUUCUUUGGAGCGACUGCACGCAACAUUUUGUCCAUUUAACCAUCGUUUUAUGGCAAAUUGGGUUUAUGGAGCAAGUAUCAUUGUCUUCUGGGUCAUUAUAGCAAGCAUGCAAGCAACUGAACAACUGAUCGUUUCAAACGACCUAAGCUACUACAUCUUUUAUUUUUUAUGUUUCUUCAUUCCUCUCUUCACCAUUUUAAUUUCUUAUGCCAGUAUCUUUUUCAAAGUCCGCUACAGUCGUCAUCUUCAACAUCUCGGGGCAGCUGUCCAGAGGGAUAGAAAACUAACCAGAACCUUAUUUCUUGUCACUCUCGGAUCAUUGUUCACUUGGUUACCACUGAUAACAUACCAAUUUCUACUCAUUUUUCAUCCUGAGUUACACAUAACUUUCGAGUCAGAAUUCCAUGUUGAUAUGUUAUGGCAGACUAUUUUGCUUUCGAAUUCGUUGAUCAAUCCUAUAAUCUACGCCAUGCGGAUGCCAGAGUUAAGGGCAAGCAUAUUGCAAUAUUUCCGAAGGAACUCAAACCACGUUAACCCGCUUGAUUUGCCACUGCAUGAUAUUUAA